AUGGUCUUUAGAAGCAAGGAUGGGGUACUCAUUCAGGUUUAUGAAGGUGAACGUGCCAUGACCAAGGAUAACAACCUACUUGGCAAAUUUGAACUUACUGGCGUACCUCCUGCACCCCGUGGUGUUCCUCAGAUUGAGGUCCCUUUCGAUAUUGAUGCUAAUGGUAUCCUCAAUGUUUCUGCUGUGGAUAAGAGUACUGGAAAAGAGAAUAAGAUUGCCAUCACUAAUGACAAGGGCCACCUGAGUAAAGAAGACAUUGAACGAAUGGUUCAGGAAGCUGAGAAGUACAAAGCUGAAGAUGAGAAACAGCGGGAUAAGGUGUCCUCCAAAAAUUCACUUGAAUCCUAUGCAUUUAAUAUGAAAGCAACUGUUGAAGAUGAAAAACUUCAAGGCAAGAUCAAUGAAGAAGACAAACAGAAGAUUCUUGAUAAAUGCAAUGAAAUUAUCAACUGGUUUGAUAAGAAUCAGACUGCAGAGAAAGAAGAAUUUGAGCAUCAACAGAAAGAGCUGGAGAAAGUCUGCAACCCCAUCAUUACCAAGUUGUACCAGAGUGCAGGAGGCAUGCCUGGAGGAAUGCCUGGGGGUUUCCCUGGUGGUGGAGCUCCUCUAUCUGGUGGUGCCUCUUCUGGGCCCACCAUUGAGGAGAUUGAUUAA